AUCUUGCGGUGUCGAAUGAAAAGUGUUUUCGGCGACCACGUUUAUGAGCUCGUCGUAAUUUGGAUAUCGGUUAUUUGUUGUUUAUCCCUGUUGUUAAAGGUGAAUUAGAUAGCAAGAUUGAUGGCAGCAGUAGCCAUACAUUCAGGCAAACCAGAGGAUGAAGUUGUUUCAGGCGUUGUAGUACCUGGUAGUCACUGGAGAUUGUUAAAGGAGUGGAAGCCGAAGUCGGAAGUAUGGUGGCUACUACAUGGUGACAAAAUGAUUGGGGGAAUGUGUGUCGUAAAUGCGUUGCUGAUUAAUACUAUAUUUAGAAACAAAUUGAAACUGCAUCACAAAGGUUCCAUGACUACAAAUUUUUUUGCGUCCACGGGACCUAUGUUUUUAGGGUCUGGCUUUUAUAAAUCGUUUAUCACACGUGAUAUAAUAUUACACAAGCAGUCAUGUACAUUGUGUUCUCUAAUGAAAGGAAACUUGCUUACGCUAUGUGCAGGUUUACUCUUUCCAUUAGCUACAUUGCCAGCAUUGAAUAUUGGAAUGGCUGCAAAUUUGGGCCUAAGAGUACCCCAUCCUACUGAGUGGAAAGAACUUGUUCGAUUUGGCUGGAAUACUUUAAAACCAGCAAUGAAACAUCUGACAGUCAUGCUUAUAUUUAGUUCUAUUACAGCGAGUCUUGUAACAUACCAACAGAUUCGGUCGAUAAAUAAUGUAGUAAAGAUUAUAAUGGAUAUGGAUCAAUAUAACAGAGAACAUGGAGUUGAUCAACUUACCGAAUAAUUUUUGUUUUGCCUAGGUAUGUAUCUAUACUAUUUGCUUAUACUGACUAUACACAUAUUUAUACAUAGGGGCAAGCAAUAAAAAUAAAGUCUUGACAUACAUAAAAA